AUGAAAGCCUCAACCUCCAUUUCCUACGCUCUUCUCCUCUCCAUUUCCCUUUCCUUCCUCCACUCCGCAACCGCCGCCCUGACGCCCACCCUGGCCGACAUCGAGCUCUACAACGUGUACGACAAGACCCAAGCCACGCUGGACAUCGUCGGCCCGCUCCUCCAGAAAGCCACGGACCCGAACCUGGUCCAUUCCUAUGGGGUCUGCGUCGGCGCGUUCCAGGAGAUCGCCGGCGACAGGUGGUCCGGAGCGAUUAAGGCGCUGGAGUCGGGGGAUUACGCCGGAGCGGAGGGUCAGCUUGGUGGGAUUAAGUCAAACGUGGAGUGGUGCUUGGGCCAGUUUGGAGGAGAGCCGCAGCCGUUUAGUGAUGCGGCUCGGCUUGUGGGCCGGCUGGCUGACGUGGAUAUUGGGAUCAUUAAGCUGUUGCAUUGA